CCUCGACUUACAAAAGUCAUCGUUAACGCAAUUCGAGGCUGCUGGGCAGUUAAAUACCGAUAGUCCUUCACUGUUCUGUUCAUUCUAUAAACAUGUCGCAAAACAUGAUACCCCUCGAUGGCGAAAGUCAGAAGAAGAGAGUAUGUUACUUCUUUGACUCGGACAUCGGGGGUUUCCACUAUGGUCCCGGGCACCCGAUGAAACCAACUCGUAUACGAAUGUGUCAUUCCUUGGUCAUGAACUAUGGCCUGUACAAGAAAAUGGAGAUAUUUCGUGCUAAACCUGCAACAAAACGCGAAAUGACACAGUUUCACUCUGACGAAUACGUCGAGUUCCUCAGUCGCAUCACCCCCAGCAAUAUGAAUUCGUACAUAAAAGAACAACAUAAAUACAAUGUUGGUGAUGAUUGUCCCGUUUUCGAUGGGCUGUUCGACUACUGUUCCAUCUCAGCCGGAGGUUCCAUGGAGGGUGCUGCCCGUUUAAGUCGAGACAAAUGUGAUAUAGCUGUAAACUGGGCCGGCGGUCUUCACCAUGCGAAGAAAAGUGAAGCAAGCGGCUUUUGCUAUGUUAAUGACAUCGUGCUGGGUAUUCUUGAGUUGCUCCGAUAUCACACCAGAGUCCUUUACAUCGACGUCGAUGUUCAUCACGGCGACGGGGUGGAAGAAGCGUUCUACACUACAGACCGGGUCAUGACGGUCAGUUUCCACAAAUAUGGCGAGUACUUUCCAGGAACUGGCGAAUUGCGGGACAUAGGAAUAGGCAAAGGAAAAUAUUAUUCGCUGAACUUUCCAUUGCGUGACGGAAUCUCGGACGAAAACUAUAAAUCGGUGUUCGAACCUGUGAUCCGUGAGGUCAUGGCAUCGUACGACCCGUCGGCCAUUGUCCUCCAAUGUGGAACAGACUCCUUGUCGGGUGAUAAACUCGGCUGCCUAAACCUCUCUAUGCGAGGGCACGCCAACUGUGUUAAAUUUGUAAAGUCCUUCAACAAGCCUCUGCUACUGCUUGGAGGCGGGGGUUAUACGAUGCGCAAUGUCAGUCGGGCAUGGGCCUAUGAAACCGGUCUCGCAGCUGGCGUUGAACUGGCACCAGAAAUACCCGUGAAUGAAUACUACGAGUAUUUUGGACCCGACUAUGAAUUAGAUGUGAGGUCGUCAAAUACAGAGGAUAUGAAUACGCCAGAGUACUUGGAACGUGUUAAGAAUAUCGUACUCGACAAUCUGCGACAUUUGGGAGGGCCUCCUGGUAUUCAUAUAACAGAUAUCCCAAAAAUGCCGAUAGACGACGACAUGGAUGACCUUAAUCAGGACGAAGACUUGAUCCCUCCGGAUGCCAGGAGACACCGACAGCUAUUGGACUCUCGCAUCCAAGCGGACGGAGAACUGUCUGACUCGGAUGACGAGGGAGAGGGGGGGCGUAGAGACCACACGCAGCAUCGGGGUCGUGACAGCGAACCGAGAAGCCACUCAAGCGAGGCGGACGUUGCUGGUGGAAGGAGGUUUGGUAUCGGUGUGGGCAUCUUGAGUUCGGGCGCUGCAGGCUCGACCCAUGGGGCUGGUCCUAGUGGACACACCACCAUGGUUCGCCCUGUGUUGAGCGGGCAUUUGCCGAUGGAAGUCGAUACUCCAACGACUACAGAAAGCGGGCCCACACCUAUCGAACCAGUCGCUGCUAAUGGCACGACAGAUCACCACUCGGGUGAUCAGUCGCCAAAAACAAACGGUACAGCGGCGGUUGUUGAUGACGCUACGGCAACAAGUGUAGAAAGUUGAUGACUUGCUUCGGCUGACCACUUUGUGUCUUGCUUGCUAUCAUUGCUGUCGUUAUGCUACCGAUGUAUUAAUCGAACAUCGAGAAAGAGCUCGCAGACAAUACGUACGACGUAUGCUAGCAGUUGCUCAGCGGCCCCUCCGAGUCCGUUUCAACUCAUAAAAAUACCCAGCUUCCUAAUCCGUAAGACCGAAGUCUUUGUCAUGUGCAAUGAAACACUGUCUCCGACCC